AUGGAUACCACCGAGACCGUCGCCAUCUCCGUGCCUCCGCCCAUCACCCUCAGCGGUGACACCGAGGCUGCUCCGCCUCCCAUCGUGGCUACGGAAAUAGAGACACCGGUGGCAGAGACACCGGUGGCAGAGACACCGGAAACGGAGCCGGUGACUGAAGCACCUACACAGCCAGUGACAGAGUCGGUCACUGAAGCACCUACGCAGCCGGAAGCAGAGCCUGCUCCAUGGGCAGAAUUCGAGGAGGACACCUCCGUCCCCGACGAGGCGGAGCUGAAGGAGAUUGAGUCGACCGAUGGAGACUACAGCGCCCUCGAAUAUAAAUACUGGGAAAAGUCCUUCUUCCGCGACCUCGAUGACCCAGAGUACACGCCCAUCGUGAAGUCACGCAUGACCUGGAAAUUGUCCGGCGUACGCGGCACCAAGGAGCAACCCAACCGGGCCAAAAUCAUGCGCUCGCCGCCCGCCUACAUCGGUGGCUACUGGUGGACAAUCAAGUUCUUCCCGCGCGGCAACAAUGUCACCUCCUUGAGCAUCUACAUCGAGUGCUCGCCUACCAUGCCCGUGGUGGAUAAGGAACUGCCCGAGGGCAAGUUCAGCGUUCACUGCGGCGCUGCGGACACCGUACUCAGUGAGUCUCCGGCAGACAUCGACAUCCAGAUCCCCCGCACCAAGGAUUCGGCGCCCUGGGUUGAGGAGUUCAAGUCUCAGUACACCACCGCACAGGCUACUCUGGCUGCCGAUGCUCCGCAGCCCCCGCGGAGCUGGCGUGUCUCUGCCCAGAUCGGCGUCAUCCUCUACAACCCCGAAGAGCCCCGGACCGGCUGCAUGCAAUCCUCCUGUCACCAGUUCAAUCCUCAUAACCUUGACUGGGGGUGGACCAACUUCCACGGGCCCUGGGAACAGGUCCACGAGCGCCAGCGCGGUCAGCGCCAGGCCCUCUUACGUAACGACACCCUCGCCUUCGAUGCCUAUAUCCGCAUCUUCGAUGACCCCACCCAGUCGCUCUGGUGGCACCCCAGCGACUCCGAGCCCACCUGGGAUAGUCUGGGCCUGACGGGCUACCGCCCGCUCGGUGACUCGGUGAUCAACCACAGCGCCGAGGUCGCCGGUCUCGCCUCGUGGCUGCACCUUGCCCCCGUCGCCAAGCUCAUCCAAGGCGUCGAUGUCCUCGAGCAUCUGUCAAACUGCGACGUCAAACCCAAGCCCCUGUGCGAUGCCCUGCAAAAGUUCCUCUGGCUGCUGCGCUGCCGCAGUGACUCGCUGCAGUUCGUCGACACCGAUGGCAUCACCUCCACCCUGCGUAACAUGCACGAGUACUCGAGCGACGUCACCGAGUUCUGGGAACGCCUCCGCCGCUCCCUCGAGCUUGAGCUCGCCGGCACCGCAGCUGCGGACACCUUGGCCAGUUUAUUCGACAGCCCCGCUCCUCUACCGGCCAAGGUCGACGCCGACAGUGGUGAAGAAGCUCCUUCUCUCGUGCGGGCCCUCCCUACCGACUUCAAUUCCCGCAUCACCCUGGACACCGACAAGGUCAAAUCAGUCUCCGCCGGUCUCGAGUCCUAUCUGCAGGGCGGUGACAGCCCUUCUGGCGGUCGCUGGUCCCUGCCGCCCAUCUUGAAUGUCGAACUGUCUCGUCAGAAGCUAGACAAGACGGCUCGCCAGUGGCGCUUGAUCUUUGACCGUGUCGAAAUCGAAGAGUCCCUGGACCUGACCACCCACGUUGUCGACGGCCAGUGCGGGCACUAUAUCCUCUACGGUUACGUCGUGCACCGCGGCCGCCGGACCUCGGGGAAGUUCUUCAGCAUCCUCCGGCCCGGCGGGCCGGGGUCCAAGUGGCUCGCCUUUGACGACGGCAGCGACAACCGGGUCGAGUGUCUGACGCGGGCGACGGCGUUCAACGCCCACCUGGGCCUCAACGCCGAGCAGCUCAAGACCGUCAACGAGAAGACGGGCCACGACGUCCCCGUCGCCGCCAUCUACAUCCGCCGCGAUCGUGUCGAGGAAUACCUACCCGGACCCCAGGGUCCCUGGGAUGCCCCCACCGCCAUGAAGACCUACUACGAGACGGGCUCGUAUCCCUUCCUCGAGUCCUCCUCCGCGGCCAAGGAACAACAGGUCCAGGUCGAGGUGUACUCGCUGCCCACGUGCGACCAGGUUCCCAGCCUGUUCGACACGUACGACCUCAUGGCGCAGGCCAAGGCCACCAACCACGUCAUGUACCUCAGUCUGCCGGCAACCACCACCCUGGUUGAACUGCGGCGGAAAAUCUCCCAGUGGCCGCCGCAACCGUCUUCUGCUGUCCCGGAUGAGAGUCAUAAUCAUAAACCCACGCCGUCGACUCCGCCGGAGCACAUCCGUCUGUGGCAGAUCGGCCACAGUCGCGAUCGGUUCGGCCCCACGCUCGCCUUCACCCGCAUGACCAACCUGGACGACUCCCUUGACUUCAACCUGUCGACCAUCCGCUUCUGGAUGCAGGUCGUCUCCGAGUCCGAAGCCAAGUAUUUUGCCAUGACCGAUCCCCCGCAGGCCGCGGUUGCCGCCGAUCACUCCAAGACCGAGGAGGCCGUCAUGGAGCGCGAAGGCUCCCAGACCCCUCCCCCGACUCUUGAGCAGACUCCUGAAACUCUCGAGCAAGCUCCUGAGACUUCUGAAGAACCCUCUGAGCAGGCUUCUGAGAUUCUUGAACAGCCUUCUGAGCAGGCGCCCGAGCAAACUCUCGAGACUCCUGAGACUCCUGAGCAGCCUGAGCAACCUGAGCAACCUGAGCAACCUUCCUCUGAAGAAGAUACCGCAGCGACAGAGGCAGUCAUCGCAGCGAUCAUCGCCAAUGAUGUGGAACAGCUGGACGCCGGAUCUGAUCCUGUCGAUGAACCGACACCUGAGCAGCCACCUGCUGAAUCUCCAGUCGAGGCUACUCAGACUGAAUCAGCCGAAGCCGAGGCUACCGAGGCUCCUGAAGCCCCCGAGGGCACAACGGCCGAACCGGAGGUUCAGCUGCCGGUGCGGCACGUAUACUACUUCAUCCAGGUCUUCGACGUGGAGCAGCAGGUGCUGCGGACAGUAGGCUCGUUCUUCUCGCGGAUGGAGGAGAACAUCAAGACCGCCCUGCGAACCCACCUUGGCUGGGCUGAAGACAAAGACUUCUUGAUCUGGCAGCGUGUGGACGGGAUCACGGUCACUAGCAUGUCUCCAGGAGAGACCUUUGAGGUGUUUGUUCCAGAUGGAGCGUGCUUUAUUGUCGGGGACAAACUGAACAGGAAACAACGUGCCGACCUCGGUGCUCGAGGACUGUUCGCAAACCCCGACCGUCUGGUGCAGUACCUGUGGGCGGAGGCCCGUCACCACCCGACCCAGGCAUUCACCGGCACCAAGACGAUAGAGGCGACGUUCGCGGGAGAUUACUACCGCGGCGAGUUCAAAAAGGGGUACUUCCACGGGCGGGGCACGCACAUCUCCGACACGGCGGUGCACUACGAGGGCGACUUCAUCUUCGGACAGCGCCACGGCCAAGGGCGCAUGGAGUACCCGUCCGGCGAUACCUACGAUGGCGACUGGGUCGAGGACCAGCGCCACGGCCAGGGAACCUUUGUCGAGCGCAAGACGGGCAACAAAUACGUCGGCGGCUACAAGGACGGCAAACGCCACGGCAAGGGAAUCAGCUACUGGGAGGUCGCCGAUGAGGAGAUGGACCUCUGCCAGAUCUGCUACAGCGAGGAGCAGGACGCCCUCUUCUACGACUGCGGCCAUGUCUGCGCGUGCGUCACCUGCGCGCGCCAGGUCGACAUCUGCCCGAUUUGCCGCAAGAACAUCAUCAGCGUGGUCAAGAUUUACAGGACAUAA